AUGUCUUUGUCAGUUGAAGAUCAGCGAGCUGAACAUAUGCGUAAAGAGGCAGCGCUUGUUGCACUUCAAUAUGCAUAUGAUGAAGAGGAUAAAGAAAACCACCCGCUUCGAGAGACAAAUGGCCACUUUUUAAACCAUCCAAAAACCACAAUUCCUCACUCAACUCCGCUAGUUAAAAUUGAUGAUUUUAACUCUAAAUAUGAAAAAGAAAUAGAAACAUUAAAGGAUCAGCUAUUUAGUAUCAAGAAUUUACUAGGCAUCGAAGACCCAGAUAGUGAGCACAGCGAUUAUGAAUUAAUAGAGACAUCGAUUAAAAAAAUGAAAGGACAAAUAGAAAACGCUCUUAAAGAGAAUAGGAUGCUCAAAGACCAGGCUGUCGAAAAUGCAUCGGUAACCAGUUCCAGAAUAUCAGAAUUAGAGACAAAGAUGAAUGAAUUAACAGCGCAGAAUCAAACACAAAAUGAACUCAUACAAAGUUUGAAGAAAGACAAUCAACUGAAGGAGGAGGAACUUCAGCAAUCUUCAAAGGCGGCUGAGCAACUUACUUUGGAAUUAGAUACCUCAAAGGAAGAGAUCAAGAAUUUAACGAAUGAAAGGAUGUCCAAUAGGGAGUAUAUUAAGACAUUUAUCUUAUUUGGUAGACCAAUCGGUGAAAUAAUAACAGAUUGUUUAGAUUCUUCGAUAAAUGUGUUGGAUGACUCAAUUAAGAAAACUCAUGCUGACAUUGUCAGCUUCAAAACAAAUCAAGAUAUAAAUUAUACUUCGAUACAAAGUAAGGCGGUAGAAAGACUAGAUGAAAUUAAAGCAAUCUUAAGCCAAUUACCUCAGCAAAUAAAGGACAACGAAAAUUUGAACUCUGAAAAGCUCAAUGAAUUGGUCUCAAAAUAUAACGAGCAAAACCUAGAAACCAUUGAAAAAGUCAAUAAGACCAACAAGAUAAGCACGGGAAUAAACAAUGAGACAUUGAAUUUGAUCACACAAGUCAACGAGUUGAAGAGCGAAAUACAGCAAUUACACUCAGAAGUUGAGCAAAUCAAUAACCAACAAUUCAAUCUACAAGAAAUUCUGCAAGAAAAAGAGCAAUUACAAAAGACAGUAUUUGAGUUACAGCUACAAUUGAAUACAGAGAGAGAAUCCAAGAUGGAAUUGCAACAGUUAAACGAUUCAAAAGAUAAUAAGUUACUAUCAAUAACAGGAAACACAAAUAAUAUGUUAAGCUUUGAAAAACUGAAACAGUUGGAUAAUUCAUUUUGCAAAGAAGAAUACGUAUCAUUAAAAAUCAGCGAGAUCGAAGAUAUAUCUUUAGUUCAGCUUCAAAAUAUGGCUAAAAUGAUAUGUAUGUACUUCAGAACUCCAUUUGAUAAACUCGAUAUCAAACUACCAUUAGCGGCAAUUCAAAUCAUUCACGAACGCAAAAUCCUAAUACAUUUUGCUAAUAUUCUUAAUGAAUACUUUAUGAGCAAGCCGCUUUCAAUGAAAAAAUGUACCGAUAGUGCCUACUGUGAAUGGCAGCUAUCUCAUAACAUAUUUAGAAUUGAGCAUCCCUUAAAAUUCAAAUUAGAGGAAUUAUACACAACAAUCUUACGUUCAACUUGA